GCCCGGGCCCGGGGGGGUGUCAACGUUUUAGCGUCUUGCCCCUUUGGCGGGGUGUCGAAUCGAGGGGUGCUGGGCCUUCGACAGCGGUGAAAGACCUAAUUGAGAAAACACCACCGUCAUCUGCGCAUUAGGUUGCGACCCUUUUCCGCUCUCCAACUCUCUGGAAUCUGUCUACCUUCUUGAUCUGCCUAGUUUCAAGAUCCACAUCAUGUUCAAAUGGGCACAGCAGCAGUUGGCCAAUGUGGCCGGCACGCAGGAGCCGAUCUACGGCCCCUCCGCCAUCAAGUCCGUCGCCGAGGAGGCUGAGACGACCCCCUACACAGAGCUUACGAAAUACGACCUAAAAUGGGAGGUGAUGGAGUCGACCUGCGUCGAGACGCAAACGUUCUACUUCAUGUCCCAGGACGGCCAGCUCGCGUUUUGCCAGGUCAUCUAUAGCAACGUGGCCGGCAUUCGCACUACCUGCCAAUUCAACUGCAAGAUCUUCAACCUCGACCGCUCCAAGCCUCACGUGUGGUCCUCGACACCCUUGAACAACCACGAGUUCAGCGAGGACAGGACAAGCUUCUACGCUGACGACUGCGCCGUCGAGCUGUCCGAGGACGGAAGCACAUACACGAUCAAGUCGAUGACCGAUGAGCAGGCCAUCGUGAACCUGACCGUCAAGCGGACCGCGCCGGGUUUCAAGGCGGGCAAAACUGGCAAGACGCUAUUUGGCACCGAUCUGUCCAACCCAUGGGGCUCCAUGCGCCACCUUUUCUGGCCGAGAUGCACCGCUGAGGGAACCAUCACCACUAAGGAGGGGCCUAUCAACUUCAACGGUAGGGCCUUCUUUGCCCAUGCGCUACAGGGCAUGAAGCCCCAUCAUGCUGCGGCUAGGUGGAAUUUUUGCAACUUCCAAGGCCCCACUCACUCGGCCAUCCUGAUGCAGUUCACGACACCGCCUUCGUAUGGCUCGACCGUGGUGGCCGUCGGGGUUAUUGCCAAGGACGGGGAGAUCAUCGUGGGUGGCUGCAAGAGCGACGUCACCCAUAUCCAAACCAAGAGUGACAGUGAGAACGACUGGCCCGAGCCAACAACAAUCAGGUAUACGUGGUCUGGCACGACUAAGGAUGGAAAGCCCGUGGAGGCCGUGAUUGAGGGUGGCCUGGAAGAUAAAUUGGACAGGAUCGAUGUCAUGGCCGAGGUUCCUGGUUUUGUCAAGAACAUUGUGGCUGCCGCCGCAGGCACGAAGCCUUACAUCUACCAGUACUCCCCGCAAAAGUCCCAACUUUCUCUCAAGCUCAAAAUCGGCGACCAGGAGGUCACCGAGCAGGGCGUCGUCUUCAGCGAAGCCACCUUCAUCUCAGAAUAGGCCGCUAUUCACUUUAGCCCGGGUGCCUUGGGUACUCUAGUCAGGAAGCGGUUGGUAAGAUCGGCUCUAGAGAUGGUUACGGAUAGAGUGACCACUCAAUAGCUUCCUCAGUGGUUCAUGUGCGAUACCGGAGCAAAGAACGUUAUGGUGUUCUGGAAUACGGAAAGCUUCGUUGAAUAACAAACGAUGUAAUCUCUGGAGGCAAUGGGCAAAGUUAGCCCCUAUAAUAUAAGCGUUCUUACUAGAGACAAA